GUAACGCGUGUGAGUGCUGGGAUUCGAAUCUACGGAAGUCCUUUUCGUUUGUGCUGUUGUUGUUUUGUUGCUUUGGCUACUGCUGUCGCCCUGUAUACGCCCUUGCGUAUAACAAUGGACAUGGAAUACGCCAACAUCAAUGAAUUUAAUGACCGCGACCUAGCGACACGCAUGCGCAACAGCAAUUAUGAAAAAUACAAGUCUCUGGUGCGCAAGCACCUCUCCUUCGAGCUGGAACUAAACACCGACGAGUUCGACAUGCCGUGCCAUGAAAUCGUCUACGAAGAUAAGGGCAAGAUAAAGAAGUGGAAUCGCCUCUCCAAGAAGAAUCGCGGACCUGCCACAGGCUGCACGGCUGGGGCAGGCAGUAAGUCGGCGGGCAACAGUCCCACUGAAACGCUGCAGCAACAAAUUGAUGCAGGCUUUCUGAUGCACCUGGAGGAGCUCAAAGAGUUUCUUAUGCUGGAGAAGAAUCUCACCCAGGAGGGACUAUUUCGCAAGACAGGAGCCGUUUCCAGGCAGAACGAGCUACGAAUGCACAUACAGCACGACCAGCCCUUGAAUUUGGAACUGACAGGAUUCUCGGCUCACGAGUGUGCCACUGUUUUUAAGAGCUUUCUGGCCGAGCUGCCAGAGCCUUUGCUUACAGACGCCCACUAUCCAGCACAUCUUCAGAUAGCGCCGCUAGGCCAGGCAUUAAUGAGGGGUCAGGCGCCAACAACAUCUUCUCAACUCGGUGCAGCUGCUCCUUCUCCUGCUCCCCGAAGAGCAUCGCGAGGUACUGCAGCACAUUAUUAAAAUGCUCCAUUCGGUGGCAGCGCGUGAGGAGAGCAACAAGAUGUCCGCGGAGAAUUUGGCCAUCUUGUUUACACCGCACCUGAUUUGCCCCAGGCAAA